CAGUCGCACGCGAGAGGAUGCAGUGGACUCAACAGGUUCGACUUCCCUUCACUCUCGAGGCCUAACAUCCGCCAUUAAUUGGAUCUGCUCCCUUUCAGUCCCUAUUUCCCCGGUCCUUCAUCCUCCCUCAGUCCCUCAUCUGCGGAGCUAUCAAUAUCCUCACCCAAAAUGUUGCCGAAGUCAUCUCUUAUCCUGGCCCUCCUCCCAUCGCUCAUCACGGCCUUGAACAUCCGCAGCGAGCCCAACCGCGUUAUCACUGGCGACCCUGUUUUGGCCAAGCGUGAGCCCGCCACCGUCGUCUCUAUUCCGAACGGUCAAUUCUCAGCCGUUCCGGGACCCAAUGGCGACGACAUGUCAGUCGCGUCGGAAUGCGUCCCGAGCACAUGCCCGUACAACAGCGCCGCUGUCGACCUGCGGAACUGGCAAGGGGCCUACACGCUGCAUGUGAACGACUGUGGGGAAUGCUUCUACAUUCCUACGUCUUCGGCUGGAUGUCUGGACUUUUCCUCGUGCGGCAGGCCGCAGGCCAUUUGCUUCGAUCCAUCGCAGGGGAGGAUGCAUAGGAUUUGGAAGGAUGCGAAUGUCAAGAAAUGUUACCGUGUGGAGACCUUCCAGCACUCGCUGACUUGCGCGACCCCGGAUCAUGGGCAGACGAUUAGGAUUGAAGAGACUGUUACGUCGCCGGUGGAGGAGGUGGGUUGCACCUGGUAGGCGGAGAAUGGGUG